AUAGUACGCUAAACCGGUUGAUACCCGCUAAUGAACCCGGGUGAUCGUAUCACGUCCGUGAGGAAUUUCAUCGAACAGACAAAGUGGGCGAGAUAAUCUCCCCGUAUACCAUCAUAAUGACAGCAUCCAAAAUCCGUUCCUCAAGUGGAUAAAAGAGCCCCGAUUUGCCGCAGGGGAUGAUAGCCUAAAACACGACUCACCCGCGCAGAAGAAAACACACAGCAAGCUAGUAAAGUAUAUUCUUGAAGCAUUCUAUGUGCAUUUGCGCCCUCAAGAUUUUCCAUAACACGUCUCUCCCGCCUACCACUGACCUACCUCCAUGUACUGACGACGUCACUGCCAACACGUCAAAAUCACGAUCUUGAUUGAAAAGUUUGACGUUGAACAAGUCCCAAAGGUAUCUGCCCUUCAUUCACUAUACGCCACGCACUACGCCCACAUGCACAUGGUGUAUUGAGCACCCACACAGAAAACUGCUAGUGCUACUCGACAAAACUGAACGUCUAUCCAAGAGUUUUUCUGCUAUCAGCAUUCGAGAAAACCUGACAUCAUUAAGACAACACAACGUCAAGCGAUAAGAGACAUUUCCCCAAUGGCUAUGGGACUUAUUUCACACUGGACCAGACGGGAGUUCUUUGUAGUUACAAUCGUCGUAGCUAUUUUAUUACAUGAUGAAAAUGUUCGAACGAAGGUCUCUUGUGCAAGCAUUCCAAGUCACGUGCCACUGCAGGCAAAACAUCAUCACCUGAUUUCCAAACUGUCACAUUACGAACUGGUCAGACCUUACCGGUCUACAUCGGACGGUAACUUUGUGACCCAUGACCUCUCCACGACAAAAGAAGAGGAACGGAACGUGUACGAGCGCGCCAAAAGAGACACGCUCCUUAACCAGAAAUCGGGCGGCCGCACCUCGCGCCACGCCCGUAGUACAUCACAUCGGAUAGUGGGAGGUGACCCCCACGAUGACCUCAGGCAGAACCACCACUUCCGGGUCGACGCGUUUGGCGCACGUUUGACGUUAAACGUCACGCGCAACCGCUUCCUAGUCUCGCCCAAGAUGAGAGUCGAACGGUACAACGAGGACGGCUCGAAAGACGUCUACCGACCCAAUACCCUAUGCUAUUACACCGGCGGUGUCAAUGACAUUCCGAGGUCCUCCGUUGCUAUUAGCAACUGUGAUGGAUUGAGUGGCCUGAUUCGAGCAGGCGAUGAGGAGUAUGUCAUCGAACCUCUGGAAUCAGUGGUUGGUAGGUCAAAGGUGAACAUAUCAGAGGGACAUCUGCACAUCAUGUACCGGCCUAGAGACUUCAGGAUGGAAUCCACCCAGCUACAAACAGCUUUGACAGUGGACCUGCAUCAUGACACCCCCGAGGAAAACCGAUCCACGAGACGACAGGACGCUGGCUCUGCGGAGACUAAUUCUCACCGUGAGAGAAGGCGUGCUGGGGACCAGGGCCAGCUUCACUUUGUGGAGACACUACUGGCAGCCGAUAAUUCUAUGACGAGUUUCCACGGCGUGGAUGCCAUGACAUCGUACUUGCUAACCAUGUUGAAUAUCGUGAAUGUUGCUUAUCAGCAUGACAGUAUGCCCUUUGAAAUCCAGUUCUCAGCAUCCAGAAUCAUUCUACUCAAUGAUGAUUUGGUUGUAGAAAACCAAGCCCAGGCGAGUUUGUCCAAUGUGUGUCGAUGGGCCACGACACAGACAGUUCGCGACGAUACACAACCAAACCACCACGAUUUGGCCGCCUUCGUCACCCGACUGAACUUUGGUCCAGCAGGUUAUGCUCCAGUGACCGGUAUGUGUGCCAUGACGAGAAGUUGUGCCCUAGUCAGGGAUGAAGGACUGUUGUCCUCUUUUGUAAUGGCUCAUGAGGCAGGUCAUGUAUUUGGUAUGGAACAUGAUGGCGCCGGCAACGAUUGUACGGUUGAGCCAUAUCAAGGAUCCAUCAUGGCGCCUGUCGUGAUCUCUACUUACACCGACCAUUUCUGGUCGGACUGCAGCAUUGAAGAACUCAAUCGAUACUUGAGGAACUAUGAUUGUCUUGAAGACGACCCGUUUGAGAGUGGGCUGCCUGAGGUGGAUGGAUACCCAGGCGAAUGGUACAACAUGGAUGAUCAGUGUAAAUUUGACUUCGGCGAUGACUUUGAGCUCUGUGGAGGCCGAACCCAUAGACAGGUGUUGCGCCUUUUUUGCCGAGUCACUGAAUUCCUUUCCAGCCUGGCUGAUGGGACCAGCCAUCCUUCCAAAUGCCAUCAAAAGAAGAAACGUGAAGAUGAUAAAUCCUGCACGCAGCUGUGGUGUAUAGAUCCCUGGGACCCUCAGUAUUGCCGCACCAAGAAAGGCCCACCAUUGGACGGCUCAGAAUGUGGAUACGACAAAUGGUGUCUUCAAGGCUACUGCGUAUACAGGGAUGCUGAAAGACAGAACGGGGAAUGGAGUAAGUUCUCGCAGUGGAGCGACUGUACGUACCCGUGUGGCGUCGGGGUACAGGUCAGAACACGGGAGUGCAACAAUCCACCGCCAGCCAAUGGAGGCAAAGAUUGCAAGGGGGAGUCCUAUGAGUACCAUCUCUGCAACAAAAGGCCCUGUGUUGGUGAAUGGGAGGACAGACGGGCCAAACAGUGUGAGGACAAUCUGGCAAGUUUUCACUUAGGAGGGAGACAACACAAGUGGCUACCGCAUGAAAACAGAAACAAAUCACUACAGUGCAGGCUCACCUGUAUCUCUGAGACCACCGAAGACGUUGUUGUGACCAAUUAUAACGUGACAGACGGCACACCCUGUUCCUAUGACGAUCACUACAGUAUAUGUGUGCAGGGCCAAUGUGUGAAACUUGGCUGCGACAAUCAAAUAGACUCCACCAAAGUUGAGGACAAGUGUGGAGUGUGUGACAGUGACAACAGGCAAUGCUCCUUCAUCCAAAGGAACUUUGUCCAAGACCCGAAGAAAAAGUAUCAAGUUAUACACACCAUGCCUACUUCUUCCCGCCACAUUGAUGUCCGAGAAAAUACAGAUACAGAGAGUUUUAUUGCUUUGCGUCGUCCAGCAGAGAAGAUAUACAUCCUCAACUCUCGGGGCUCCCAGUCCGGGCCCCACUCCUUCAUUGGGGGCGGAGCUCGCUUUGUGUACUCCCCCAACACUGAACGUCUCUACUCCGUGGGCCCCCUUCACGAAGACCUGGAUUUACUGGUUUUCUGGACAAAGAACAGCAAGCCCAUUAACAUUACCUACAGCUACUACCUCAACGAUCAAGCCCCGGGCCAACCUGCACCCACGACGGGUACCCCGCCACAGACUCAUCCCCCACCGGUUCCCGACGAGCCUGAAGGGCCUGACACUUCCGAUCUACCGGAGUACGUGUGGCAAGAUGAAGGCUGGACUGAUUGCACCAAGACUUGCGGUGGUGGAUUUUCCUUCCACCAGUUCAGAUGCUAUCGUACCAGCGACAACCUCAAAGUGAAGAAGACGUUCUGUGGUCAUGGUAGCUACAACCCCAAGGACACCAAACAGCCUUGCAAUGAACAGUCCUGUGAAAGCCUAGUCCCAGAAAGAGAAGGACCACCCAAAACCACAACAAUUGCAACCACCAGAACAACCGCAGCAUCUCCGACACCACCAGCAACAACAACACAAAGACCGACGACCGAAGCGCCCACAACACCCCAGACAACAACUAUCAAAGCAACCACUCAGCCUCCCACGACAACACAGCCUCCCACGACAACACAGCCUCCCACGACAACACAGCCUCCCACGACAACCCAGCCUCCCACCACCACCCAAGCAAGGACGACCACAGUGCAACCGACAACAACAAUGACAACCACAGUGGCGACAACAAAGCUCCCCCCAAUAACCACAACACAGCCGACAACCCAAGCGCCGCAGCCUACCACAAGACCGGCCCCAAAGAAACCCACAGGAGGCAAGAGGAAGCCCAUCUUCAAGUGGAAGGCCAAGGAAUGGCAGCCGUGCUCUUAUACCUGUGGUACACAGGGCACUCAGGCUCGUGUUGUCACUUGCUCCAAGAAGCUCGGAAGGAAGAUAUCCACCGCGCUGGAAAUAAAAUGUAAAGAAGAGAAACCAUCUGGAACCCAGCCCUGCAAUCGGGAACCAUGCCCUGCUCACUGGAGUACCGGGGAAUGGUCUAGUUGCACAGUAACAUGUGGGGAUGGUUUCAAGAAUCGGGAGGUUAUGUGUGGGGCACCAAACAGUGCCCCUGGAGAGUUCCAAUGUUUUGAUGAAGAGCCACCCAUAACUGCCACCUGCAACUUAGGAGAUUGCCCUGCAGAGACUGGCUGCGUCCCUAUGGAGAGCAUCAUCUGCCAACAGGACCAGUUCCGCUCCUACUGCAUGAUGCCCAGCUACGACUCCAUCUGCUGCACCACCUGCGAGGAACAAGAAAAUCUGCUCAGCAAGAAGAAGAAGAAAAAGAAGAAGAAGAAGGGCGGUCGUGGUCGGGCUGGCAGAGGCCAGUAAAUAAACACAGUAUCUUUUGGCUGACAUUAGGCCUACUAAUAAUAGCCAUAUUUUUUAAAUACGUUCGUGUAUCAAAACAAAGGUAAUCUAAAAGUAAUGGGCUCAUAUGUAAACGUUUGGAAAUUUUACAAUGUCAAAGUGGCUCCAUCUCGAAGGGUAUUUCGUUAGCUUCUGAUUGACACCUUAAAUGCACCUCUUCAGUCACUGAUGACUGAGCACCAUUGAUUGCAAAACAACGGCCUGAAAACCUCUUUUUCCAAGUUUGCUGAAUAAGUGGUGAGUUAAGUUGCAGAAGGAUGCGCCAUCGCAGCUGUGGAGAGUACGUUCAAAGGGUAUGUUAGAGGUAUUGUUGCUUAAAAUGGUUUAUCAAGUUGUCUAUAAAUAAUUACUCAUUCCAAAGAUUUUGUUUUUCAUGACAAACUAGCGAUGCAAUUUCAAAUUAAAACAUGGCUUGCAAUGGGCGUAGCGAAAAUCCAAGUUUGGCCCAAGCUAAGUUUUGAGUACAUUUUUGCAUUGGGUAGUUAUUAUUUUAAUGAGUAAACAACAAAUCUUUGAAAUGAGUGAUUUAAUCAUGAUCAAACAUGAUAAUCCAUUUUUGCUCAAACACUUUCAACAUGUCUGUCUCCUCCCAUUCAACAUAUAAUCCACUGCGACUGCUCACUUUUUUGGACAGCUCAAUUCGCCAAUGAUCAGGUAAACUUGGAAAAAGUAGGUGUUUUGCUUUGUGAUGAUAAACAAAAUCUUUGGAAUGAUCAAUCAUUCAUGGGCAACAUUAUUAUGUACUGUUUCAUGCACAGACAUCUCUAAUAUGCCCCCUGUCAAUGCUCUGUCCACAGUGACAGCGCAUUCAUUUACCGACAGCUUAAC